AUGUCAACACCAAUCAAAGUUGUCUCAGAAAACAUCGAAAAACUUCACGGUACUGUCUACGUUCAACAAGGUGAAAAGAGUCAAGACUACAUCGACGCAAUGGAGAAAGGUGACGGAAAGUCAAUCAUCUGGGCUAUUUUGAAGCA